AUGAAUAAUAAAAUUAUUAUCUUUUUAUUUUUCACAUUAACUAUUACAUUUAUUUUUUCUUAUCCUAGUUGUUCAAAAUGGCAAGAAAUAAAUAAAAAAGAUUUUUCAAAUGGAAUGUAUAAUUUUGCCUCAAAAUCAAUUAAUCAAUUUAAUGAAAUAGAAAAGAAAAAAAAAAAAGAAAAUAUCAUAAAACUAAAAUUUUGUAAUUUAUUAAAUGUCUUCUUUAAAGGUAGACGUAACAAUAAAAUUUUAAUUAGACAUGUUGCAAUUAUUGAAAAUUGUAAAAUAAAUAGUACUAAUUCUUGUAGAAUGUUAAUUGAAACAAAAGGUCAAGUACCGUGGGGUAGACCACCAGUAGUUGUAUCUAUUAUGUUAAUUAAAAAACCAAAUGUUGAUUUAAAAGUAAUUCAAUGCCAAAAAAAAGUGAAUGAUGAAAUUUAA